UCCCCGCGUGCACAUAGAAGAGGUGCGAGAUUGCGAUACAGCAGAGGCACAGAGAGAUAGCGACAGAUGAGGGUGAUGGGGGAAAAGGUGAGAGAUAGACGCAAAUGAUAGAGAAACGAGAGAGAGAGAGAGACAGGCGAGAGAGAGACGCAGGUGCGAGAGACAAGUGAGAGAGAAAGGUGAGAGACAGGUGAAAGAGACAGGUGAGAGAGACAGGUGAGAGAUAGACACAGGCGAGGGAGACAGGUGAGAGAGAGAUAGAUGCAGGUGAGGGAGAGAGACGACAGAGACGUACAGGUGAGAGGCAGACGAGAGAGAGGUGAGACAGCUGGGAAUAAAGGUCAGCGAGACACACGCAGGUGAGCGAGAGAGAGAGAGAGAGAGACAGGUGAGAGAGAAAGAUGAGAGACACAAGUGAGAGAGACAGGUGAGAGAGACAGGUGAGAGACAGACACAGACGAAGCAGACAGGUGAGAGAGAGAUAGACGCAUGUGAGGGACAGACAGAAGCGACAGAGACGCACAGGUGAGAGGCGGACGAGAGAGAGGUGGGCCAGUUGAGACAGCUGGGAAUACAGGUCAGCGAGACGCACACAGGUGAGCGAGAGAGACAGGCGAUAGAUACACAGGUGAGAGGGGCAGGCGACAGAGAUACACUAGUGAGAUACCCAGGCGAGCAAGAGAUGUGAGAAAGACACAGGUGAUUCACAGACUCUCUCUCACACUGACACAUGCGCGUGUUAGAGAUAGGGGAGCAGUGCAGGACGCCAUGGAUUUGAAGAGCCGUGGAGUUUCCCGCCUUCUCAUCCUUACCCGGUUCCUCCUUCUCCUCCCCGCACUCAUCGUCACCUCUGCCCACGCGGCUGCGCUCAACGAAGGAUGCGCCCGAGGCUUCUUCACAACACGGAGCGGCCUCUGCUGCACCCUCUGCCCCGCAGGGACUUACAAAGCGAGCGACUGUGCGAGCGAUGGGAGACCGGCUUUGUGCGAGAUCUGCUCUCAAGGGACUUUCACGGACCGCCCGCACAACGAGACCCGAUGCUCAGAGUGCAGGCGAUGCGGACCAGAUGAGGAGGUGGCCGUGAACUGCUCCGUGGGGCAGGACGCAGUGUGUCGGUGCAAGGAGGGGUCCGUGAGGGAUCCCCACUCGUGGCUCUGCACUUCUGAAGGGCCCAAUCCAAGCUCAGCAAACGCCCUGACAGACAACGUAGUCAUCAUACUGGUGUGCACCGUCGUUGCGUUUGGUGUCGUGAUCGCCACCCUCGCCGCCCUUGCCUGGCAUUGGAGGAAGCUGAUGAAUUCUCGCUCUGGUCGUGAAGAGGGGACCCGACUCAUAGUAAAUAUCUCUGAGACUCAGCAGGAGGGCGACGACGCCAUUGCACCACUGCAGGUGAUGAAUGACCACUGGGAUGAGCUGAAGGAGUGGGUGGGUGUGAACCCCAUCCCUCUGCUGGACUACCUGAGCAACAACCGCACGAUCACGCGCAGAGUUCACAGCGUGGCCAUGAACAAGGGCGGCGAGGAGUGUGUGGAGUUCCUGCUCAACCACUUCAUCAAUGAGCGAGAGGAAGAGCACCUGAAAUUGUGGAACGCUCUCUAUGCUGUCAGGAAAAACUACCUGCAGAUCUGGAGGAUGCUUCAGGAAAACGGGAAUGCGGUGCAGGCCAUUUCAAAAUCCAGGCCACAGCUGAUCGCCUGGAUCGGCACGAACCCGCGGCACCUCCUUCUGCAACUCAUCAACCAGUCGCUGAUACCAAGAGACACGUUGGCCAAAGUCAGGGUGGCGCAGAGUGACGAGCAGGUGGCUGGGAUCCUGCUCGACUUCUACGUUGGCCGAGGCAACGACGACUGCGAGAAGCUGCUGUUCGCGCUGUACGCAGUGAAGAACGAGUACCCUGAGGUCAAGCAGUGGCUGAACUCUCUGAGAUUCUUCAAGAGGCUCUUGACCAAGUUCCCGAGGUUUUUGGCCACGACCAAGGACAAUGGCUUACACAACCAAAUCCGCUUCAACAAGGCGAAGAUCUGUGAAGCUAUAAUGCAUGACCUGGAACGGCUGCUCAGCUACCUCGAAAAGAGAAAUUACUUCAGCAAGACAGUCACAGCGGAGAUAAGAGACAUGGAGAAAAGAAAAGGACGUAAAUCGGCGGUGACGCACCUGAUAGAGCUCGUUCUGGGAAAAGGCCGAGGAAAGUCCAGGCAGUUCUUGGAGAUCCUUUGGCAACUUCAAGCCCAAUACCCAAAGAUGACCCGCAUCUUUGAUGAAAUGUGAUGUUGUCUAGCCGAGUUGAUUAAUUGAAGUGACAUUUCACUUUGUGAUUUGUUUUUCUCUUUAGCAAUCCACUUGUGUCACUGAGAGUUCCUAGUGGAUGUUUGGAUUCUUAAAAUACUCAUCAAACUAGCACCACUGAGAUAUUGGAUUCAAUUCCUCCUCCCUCCUCCUUUCUCCCUCGUCCAUACUACCUCCUCUCCCCACUCCUCUCUCCAUUUCGCCUAAUCCUCCUACACCCCUAUUCAUCCUCCCGCAUAGCAGGGAGUUCAUCAGUAAUGCAAGUUGAUUCACGCUUCUGUUUUACCCCUGUCUGGCACACGAGCGACUUUAAACUCCAGCUCCUUGCCUCCGAGUUCAUGAUCGAACAAUGCAUCCAUUUUUGCGAAACACACGCAAGAUAUAGGAAUAGAGAUAUUCUUUUGUAAUCAUCAUUAUUAUUAUGACAUUCACAUUGAAAUUAGUGGCAGAAGACAGAUUCGGGAGUUGCCUUGUGUUUGAAAUGCUGCCUGCGAAUGAUCAAAGUGGGACAGUGGUGUUACUUGGCGACGAGCGGUUUGAGAUUGACGGCCAAAGUGGCACAAGCUGACUCAAAGUAUCAUCAACGUGCUCACAAUGGCCGUGUUUGUUCAAUAAUGGCCACAUCGAACAUCACUUGAGUCAGCAUCACUGAUAUCUGGGUUCCGGCUCUUGGUUCAGGUGGCUCUUUCUCUCUCAGCAUCAUUAAUCAUCCGCAAAACGUCACGGUACUCGAAUUGUAAAUGUUGUAGUUUUCCUCUCCAACACAAUGAUUAGUGCUGUACUAGUAACGAAUUGGCCUGUUCUAUUAACGUGACAAACCUUACUAGUUUGCUGUGUCGGGUGGUGGUGGGUUUAACAACACAUUCAUAUUCACGCGGUCUAACCCAAAAAAAAACUGUUAUUGAUAAUAUUGAUCGCGAAAGCAUCCUACUUUGUGUUAACUGAAAGAGUGAAGAUUUGUAUGGGUGGGC